AUAGGAUCAAAAUUGCAAUUUCCAAAAGAUAGUAAUAGUACAAGAUAUAGAGCCCUCCUGCACCGAAGAAGUCGCUGGUGCCGGGUUGUAUGUUUUGUUCUCUUUCUCGAUUGGGCCAAGUCUCGUUACGCUUCGGUUUUAUAUGUUCCGUCUUCUUGUAUAAAUAUGCCUCCCAUUUCAUACGAUCAAAUCGUGCUAAAUGGCGAAGGGCAUUUUAUCAAGACUCUUCUCCUGCGCCAGCCCCCACUACAUAGCUGGCAGCGGCAGCGGCGGUGGCGGUAACAGCAACAGUAACAGAGACGCUAGCACCUCGCCGCAGCACAGUCUCUCUUCAAGUCUUAUGGACGAGAACAUCGCCUUUGGCGAGUCUAUCAUUACCAAAUGGGACUCCGACUCGUCCGACUACGCCAUGCUCACCUCCCUCUUCUCGGAUGGCCACGGCGAUGCCGCCCGCUUCCUACGGGCAGUCGCGGACCUCCGUCGCGCCAUGCUCUUUUACUUCUCCCCAGAUUGCCCCGAUCCUUCGUCCAUCCGCGUCCAAUCCCUCAUUCGCGCACAAAGCCUAAUGCAGUCCGCCAUGCGCAGCCUCGAGAAGGAGUUUCACCGCAUCCUCACAGCCAAUCGUCACCGCCUUGACUCCGUUUCCCUCUCCUCCUCAUCCUCAUCUUCAGACGACGAUGAAAUCGGUCUUUUCUCAUCUAACGCCAUCGCCGACCUUCGCUCCAUCGCUGAAUCAAUGAUGGCCAACGGCUAUGGCAUGGAGUGCGUCCGGAUCUACAAGGUCCUCCGCAAGUCGAUUCUCGAGGAAGACCUAUUUCUCCUCGGAUUUGACAUCCGCCUUCCCUACUCCAAUUUCCAUAAGAUCGAUUGGCCGGUCCUCGACAUCAGGAUCAAAUCCUGGCUCGCCGCCGCUCGGAUCUCCUUCCCCGCCCAUUUCGCCGCGGAGCGCCUUCUGUGCAGCCAGGUCUUCGAUUCCUCAGACUCGGACGAUCUCGAUCUGACCGAGUCCUGCUUCGCCGAUGUUGCAAAUGCCGCCGCCCUCCAGUUUCUCUCUUUCCCUGAAUCCAUCGCGAAAACCAAACCCUCCCCCGAAAAGCUCUUCCGCAUCCUCGAGCUUCACCAGGCGCUCUCCGACCUCUUUCCACAAAUUGAAUCGACCUUCUCCUACGAAUCCACGGCAUCGGUAAAGGUAAAGGCGCUCGAAACCCUCCAAGCCCUAGCCGAAGCAGCUCGCAAUUCGCUCGCGGAGUUCGAGGUUGCCGUUCAGAAGGAAUCGUCGAGGAUCCUUAUUCCCGGCGGCGGGGUCCACCCUCUCACCCGGAACGCGAUGAACUUCCUCGCCUCCCUCGCUGAUCACGUGCCGGCACUCAUCCAUGUCUACGCCGGCGUCCCCUUCCGCCCGCCGGAGCCGCUGCCGGAGAUCUCUGCUCCGUGCCCAUCGACAAUUGUGCCGGCAGCAGUAUCGGACAGGAUCGCAUGGCUGCUGCUCGUCGUUCUCUGCAAGCUGGAUCACAAGGCGGAGUUCUACAAGGAAGUAGCUCUCUCCUACCUCUUCUUGGCGAACAAUGUCCAGUAUGUGGUAAACGAAGUGAAGAGAAGUGGUCUUAAGAUUAUUUUAGGAGCGAGGUGGGCAGAGAUGCAUGAGGACACGGCGAGGCGAUACUCGGAAAGAUAUGUGAGGCUUGGACCGCUUGGUUGGGGAAAGGCGGCGGCGGCGUUUGAGGAGGCGGCGGCUGCCCAGGAGGGAAGGCUGGUGGAAGAUGAGAGGAUGAGGGAGGACGUGAAGACUGAGGUAGAGGAAAUGAUUUUGCCGGCGUACCAAGGAUUAUAUGAAAGCUUGACGGCUGCGCGCGGUGGUGGAAUGGUGGAGCCGGCGGCGGCGUCGGUUCGGUUCUCACCGAAGGGCUCACGAGAUCGGAUCGAGCAGGUUUUUGUUGAACCGCUUGGUUCAGAGUCGUCCGGUUCGGUGAACUGGUCGUUUAGUACAAGCUCCUAAAUUUUUUUCUGGGUGCUUGUUUAUACUUUGGGGAUUUACACAUAUGCCAAUAACUUUUACAUAAUUACGUAUUUAAUAUUUAAAAAAUUUAUAUUUAUCUA